AUGAAGUGGUGGAGUAUUCGUAUGGAAAUAGAUGUUUGUGGUCAAGAAAGUAGCAUUAGUGGCAACAGAGAAAAUAAGCUACAUACAGAGCAAGAGAAUUUAAUGAGUUUUGGUAAUCAAAGUAAAGAAGAAGAAAAAGGUAGAAAAGAGUGGGGUUUUUCAGCUGAGAUCUGUCUAAGUGUGGAUAACAAUUCUGGUGAAAUGUUAAAUGAGCACAUUGUUAAUGGAGAGAGAUGGAAAACAGAGGGAGUAUCAAAGAAGUUGCCUGAAGUGGAGAUGAUACACAAAACCACAGGAAAAAAAUGUUCAAGAAAGGCAGGGAGUGUUGUUCCAGCAAAGGAAGAAUGUCAUAUGCAAUCAGAAACUAAUUUUGAGCUAACAGUGAAGAAAGGUGAAGUUACUCCAAAAACUGGAAAGCACGCCCUGGAUAUCAGCCCCUACAAGCAACAACAUUUUUCAAGAACUCAUUUUGAAUGUCAGCAUGAAGAACAUUGCUUUACAAAAAAUAAUAGCCAUAAUACUUUAAACUCUGAAGACAGAGAGUUUCAAGUGUGUGGUGAAAAAGGUGACUCUCUCUCAGGUGUGAUGAGGGGUGAAACACCUUUAGGGAAGGAGCUGGCAGCACACAAGGGAAGUGAAAAAACAAAACUAAAUUUGCAAUCUGUGAGCAAUCCAGGCAUUUCUGAGAGUGUUGCAAGGGAUGCAAACAGACUGCACAGAGCAUCUCUGGAUAAAAGUUACUUCAUAGCAGAAAACAAAAUCCUAGAAAAAUCAAAUUUUAAUCCAAAUGAAGCCAACAGUACAAUGCAAGAAGUUUUGGCUGUUUCUUCAGGGAAUAUUUCAGAGAAUCAGUAUGCAGAAAAAGUCUCUGAAUUUUAUCCAUUAGAUUUUGAAGUGUCACCAGUGCAAAAUGAUCCAAGCUUAGGUACAGAAUUCUUAGGAAAUGCUGCUGAAUUAAAUGCAAAUGUAGCCCUCUCAGAAAUUAUUUCUGGAGGAGAGUUUUAUGUUCCGUUGUCAGAACAUGGAUUAGCAAAAAAGCUUUUGAGUCAUGAUGGGAAAGUAAGUGAGCAGAAAAUAUCACAGGGUAAAAUUUAUGGUUUGGACAACAUCAAUAUAAAUGGGAAGAAGCAGAGUGGAGAAGACAAGUUAGAACAGGCUGAUGGUCAGCCAUGUCGAUUAGAAAUUAAAGCCAAGAAGAUAUAG